AAUGAUAUUCAUGUUAAAUUGUUCCCGUGACAUGAUGAUGUAAUAGGCUCUAAGGCUAUGUGAUAGAGCGCAGAAGUUACCUAAGUUUUGCAGUGUAAUCAGCUGAUAUUUUGGUGCCCGGGGAGGCCCCUUGGUGACAAGAUGUCUUAUACCUGUUUAUGUCUGAAUAUCAAGAUUUUCUGCAAGACAAAACCAAGUUUUCAACAGAAUGAGGAUUUAUGGAAGACUAAAUAUGAGUUCUUCUCACAAAAUCUGGGUCAAGCUACAGAUGCUGAAGUGAAGAAAGAACACACCUACCUUGUUCAUAAACAUGCUGUAGGGGAGUGGAUUGUGAACCGGUGCUUGAACUGUGGUGUUGAGACACACGCCACAAGACAGGGGACCAGUGUGGUGCUUCUCUCCCCCCAGCUGCAGAGUGAUCAGCAUAUUAGUGAGAGGUUAAUGCAAUCUCCAGAAUUUUCCAAAGUUUUCAACAUAGUCCUCCAUGGGCAGAGCAUUACAAUCUCUAGUCAUGACAUGCCAGACCCCUCUUCAAAAAACUAUGAAUCUCUACAAGUGGAACUGACACAUAUUCAGGACCAAGUCAACAGCUUCCUCCUACAGGAGGAGGAAGAAAUGGAGAAGAGAAUAAGGGAAUUUGAGGAGGACCAGAGAGCAAAAUUCCAGGCAUUACAAUCAAGUGUUCAGACAGAAAAGAAGAAAAUGAUUAAUCUCUUGUUGCAAGCAGAGAAGCAGAUGGAAACCUCUGUUCCAGAGAAAAAUGAGUUGCCAAACCUGUCACCUGUCAUGACAAAGUCUUCCAAGAAACCAUCAUUGACAAGAGUAAAAUCAACUCCAAACAAGCGCCUCCACUCAGUGGAUGAGUACGAGCAGACUCCAGACUCCGAUGUGAUGUUUUUGCUGGAGGAUGAAGGUCAAGGUCAAGAUGAACCUUUCUACUCAUCAGAGGAGGAGGAGGAAGAAGAAGGAACAGAUGAGAGAAAGAGCAGCAGCGUGAGUUCUAACAGGACCGGUCAUUUUCAGAAGAGACCCCUCCAGUACUCCUCCUCCGUCCCCAUUAUGGUGCCCAGGUGGGGGAUGAUGGCCAACAAAGACUCAGGGGAGGAGAGUGAUGAAGAUCCUGCGCCUUCAGACCCUGAGGAAAUGGCGGCUUCCAUGCAAGCCUUGGCCAGAAGCAUUACGAAUGACGAGAGGAUGAUCUUCGGAGACAGACCCCGACCCCGACUGAACACCGGUGACUUUCAUCAUUAAUAUGGGAAACCUUUCUCGAUAAAUUACAUUUUGUUUGUUACUGACGGGUUUAUAUACUAAUAUGAUAUUUUGACCUUUAAUGGUAUCAUUGAAAUGAUAAAUGAUAUUGGCUAGUGUUAGGUUUUUCUUUUUACUUCUGUAUUGAAAAUAUUUGUGAGUAGUUUUUAAAAAUAUCAUAAAAACUACAUGAGUUUCAAAUAUGAUUACUAUUUUAAGUGAUCUGUUGUGCAUUUACCUAAUAUUAGUUGUGGCCUUCAUUAAUGUUUUAUAUUAUGUUGGCCCGACAGCAUGCAAAAUUAGUCAUAUCAAAGCUGUACAAUGUGCUUUUUGAUUUACAAUGGUAGUCAUACACAGAAUUGUGCCACAUUUAGUAGAAGAAUCUGAGGGUGUUAAAUCUUUCAUUUUUGUGUUGAAGUAUUUUUAACCAUGAAUUGUGUAUUUUUGGCAUCAACUAUUUAUAGUAUCCCCAUUCUACUUUCAAUUCAUUUAAAUUGUGAGUGAGAUAAAGAAGGAACUCAUUUCAUAACAAUCAUCUAAUUUAUUUAAAAAAAAUUAAAAGUUAUGUGUUUUAAAACCAGCUCAGUUUUUCAACUGCUUAAUCUCCAUAUAUAACAUUUAAAACAUGCUACAAGUAAAUGAUAUAAUUUAUUGUUAAUGAUAUUGGCAGAAAAUCUGUAAAGAAUUUCAUUAGAAUAAUUUAAUAGCUUGUUUUGGAAUAACUUGUGGUAUCUCAAUCAUGAGUACCUAAAAGUAGAUACAUGUACCAGGUAGUUAGAAAAAAAAAUCACAAAAUAAUUGGAUGUUUGCUGACUUUGCCCAUCCUUUGUGACCUAGACGAUUCAAAACCAAAAUACUUUUCUUUUUCUUUCUUUAAAUAAUAGAAAUUUAAUAAAUUAAUAUAUCUACAUUAUAUUUGUUGUGUAAAUUAUUACCUUGUGGCAUUAUUGAAAGAAGUAAUUAGAAUAUAAGAAGAUUUUCCAGUUUAAUUGUACAUGUGUUUGAGUGAAGUUAUAAUCUUGAUAAAACCAGUGACUUUACUUACAUUACCAAAAGUAUUACCGGUUAUGUUUACGACUUUUUAGUCAUUAAUAUAGGGCAAAUAGCAGGGUAUCUAUUCCUAUAUGUUUUGUUCAACAUCUAAAAAUUUGGGCUGUUAUUAUUUUUUGCCAUACCAGUAUGAAUUGAACUUUGACCUUGAAAUAUGUUACUAACAGUAAUUGAAUAACACAUCUGAUUGUUUUUGUGUCAUAAAAUUAUGUAUAAAUUAUAAUUUUUGUUGAAGUGAACUUUUCAUUUAGUUUUAAUCAUUCCAUGUAAGAGAACAUGUCAUUUUAAUUUCAUUUUCCUGCGAUUGUGAUUUUAUCUCUAGGUAAUGGUUUCUUAUGAGUUGUUCCCAUAUUCAUUUUUUAGUCUUGGACAGUGGUGCAUUCAAGAUUGUGCUUGCUGUAAUAAGAACAAUCUUUUUAUUCUGAAAUAUUUGUUUUAGAAUGUGUUUGGUGCUUAUUAGUCUCAAAGGUCUGUAAAUGUCAGUCUGUUUGCCAUGUUUUAGUUGAUUAGGCCAUUCCAAGUAUUUUCUCUGUUUAGUGUCCACCAAUCUUUCAAAAACCUACCUACCUUUUCGCAAAAAACACACAAGCCAAAACAUAAAACACACGCUUAAAAGUCAUAAAAAUGACGUCCUUCAAAUGAUUGAUCUAACUAAACUGCUUUAAUAGAAGAAAUUUCUAUUCUUAAGCAAAAACAAAGGAUUAAAUGCUUACAAUAUACCUAAUAUAACUUAAUGUACAGAAUUAUUUGGAGAAAUUUACAAAAUUCAAAAGUUUCGACUAAAUUUAUCAAUUUCAGGACUCCUGUUGUUGUGUGUUUUUUCUCAUAAGGGGUGUCAAAAACCAAGGCGCACGCAGACGCUAAACAUAAAAAAAACUUGGAAUGGCCUUACAUAUUAUGAAGGAGAAGCUCUGUGCAUUGAGCUACUCGAGUGUGGGCAAGCCAAGUUGUUGUCUCACUACAAAUACAUUUAUUGAUUUUGUCUAAAUGAAUGAUAUAUGCUUAACCAUAUCACUUAUAACAAACAAAUUUCAAAAGUGACAUUCUUGUUAACCUUAUGGUUGUCCUAUUGGGUUGUGUAUGGCAGGAAAUUUUUAUCUUGUCUGAACAUAAAUUAUGCCCAGAAAAAUUCCCCAACUUUUACAUUAAGUGACCCAAGCCAAAGUUACCAAGUUGUACAGGAGAAAAUAAAUUUGUUUACUGUCUUCUGAAAUGUUACCAAUUUAGUCUGUUUAUAAAUUCCUGGCUUUUUUUUAAGAGGACAAGGUGAUAUUUUUCUAAUUAUAAUGUACUAUUAAGCAAAAAAUCUUUCUUUUUGGUCAGUUAUUAUGACACUAACCAAAUGAUUUUUUUUUUUUGGGCAGUAUUAUAUAAUCUACUGUUUGAGACUUCAUCAUCUAUGCAAGUUUUGAUUUACAAAUUGCAAUUAAGUGAUAUUGGAAUGCAACUUUAUUCACCAAAACAUUUGAUAUGAUUCCAAUAUACCUUUAAUACUGUAUUUGAUAACCUUUUUGUUUUAUUGCCGGCAAAACCAUUAUGACAAAAAUUAAAUUUUAUUGGUAUCAAAUUCGUAUUUUAAAUAGGAUUUAAUGAUUGAAAUUUCAUAAUAGUUUUACCAGUUUUGUGAUUUUAAUUACAGCUAUUCCUUGUUUUCUGUAACACCAAUAUCUCAAAUAACGGAGAUAUCUCAAACUAAGUUGGUUUGCCACUGCAUAAAUGUAUAGUGCUUUAUUUGAGAAAAAAAAAUGUUAGAAAGGAAAGCAUUAAAGACAGGUAUUUUUAUUGGGAAUAUUUUUUUUUUCUUUGUAGUUUCAGUUUCAUAUCUUUGUUAAGUGUUUCCAUAUUCAUGCUCCACAAUAUAAUGUCCUAUGACCCCAACCCUAUCAGGUUUAUCUUUUUUUGGGUCAUUAAUUGAAUAGAUGUUUUAUAUACUUGUAUAUAUUUAUCUGCUGAUGUUAAUUGAUUUUUUUUCUUUUUGGCUGUAAGUCAUUUGACCUGUUUUAAACAAGUUAAUGUAAUUUUGGUAGAACCUCUCCCACUUUUUCUCUGAGCCUUAAUGGAGUUAGAUCUAAAGUUAAUGUGGUGCCAAGACAUUUAUUUUGAAAAUUUAGAAUAAUUUGUAUUCGGUUAAGCUUGUUACAUGUCUAAUUGUACAUGUAUAAACAAACAAUGUACAGUUUCUGUUCAGGUACUGAAGAUGUGAUAAUUUUAAAUAGUGCAGAAUCUGUAAAGCUUCAAUGACAUUUGUAUUUCAAUGUUGGGAAAGGUGUGAGGAUUUUGAUUAAUGAUUAUAAAUCAAAACAGGAGACCUUUUAAUGUAUAUAAAUAUCUGAGAUGACUUUAUAAUAUUUCAGGUAUGAAUUACUGCUUAUUUGGAAAUUUACAUGUAGGGUAAUUUGCACGAAAUCUGUGAUGACUCCACCCCUCCUCAGCAAUCGGUUCUUUUAAAUGAUAAACUACAGCUAUUUCUUGUUUUAUUAAAAAAAAAAAAAUUAAAGUCGGUUUUUGGAGGAGUAUCAAAUUUCAUAAAUAUUGAAUUAUUCUCAGAUGUCCAGCUAGUCUGGAUCUUUUCUAUUUUUUUUUUCAUACAAAAAGGGUUGAUGCUUUUGAUGAAAUGAAUUAAAUGUAAAUAUGUUUGUAAAUGCAAUGUUAGCUGUUAUCACAUUUGCCCGUAGGUAGCUUAAGGUCAGAAUACAUGUUCCUUAAGUAUAUAUGUGUUGUUUCUGUUGGUAAUAUAUAAAGGGUGUUAAGAAAGUUCGUUCCACAUUUUUCUUUUAUUUUCGAAAAGAAUUACGAUGAGAAGAUAUUUACAAUUUGUGAUAUUUCAUGUUUACAGAGUCCAUUCUUGCUACUGAUAAGGUUCUAACUGUCUUUCGUUGAAUCAGUAAAGGGAGGGCAGGUAUUGAAACAGAUGAAGUCUGUUUAGAAAAAAUAGAGAUGACGCAUAUUUGUGACAUAUAUUAAGUACACAGAUCAAUACAGCCUUUCAAAUACUAUGCAAAAAUUACCAAAGCUGUGAAAAAUUUCAAAAUGACACACCUGUUCUUUUAAAAAGUGGUCUAUCGUUCUUACACCUACACUCAUCAGCUUGUCUGAUGCAAGAUAAGAUAUGAAGAAACAAAGUAAAUUAUCCUUUAUUUUCACUCAAAAUGACCAGCAUUUCUAUCAUUCGGGUGCUUUAAAGAUGUUAUAUGUAUUAUCAUAUGGAAGAAAAAUCUUAUAAUUUCUUACAUGAAAUGAAUUGCUAUGAAUCAAAAGCACACUCUUGUGAUUUUUUCAGACUUGAAAAUUCAUCUCUUUAGUUAAGCACUACUUUGAAAUUUUUGAUAGUAUUUCAUGCUGGAAUGAACUUUCUUAACACCCCUUAGAAAUAUAUUAAUGAUUAUCAUCAUCUUGCUAUUUCAACAAUGUUUUCAAAAUGUCAUAUUCAAGUUAUGCCUGGUACAUAAAAGAUAAUGACAUUGUCAACUCAAUUUCCAGUAAAGUUAUUUUGAAAUCUCCAUCCUCAGGUAUCUUGCACAAAUGUCUGGUAAGGCACCUCAAUUUUUGUGAAUAAACUUGCUAAGAUAGAUAUUGAUAUCUUAGCAAGUUUGUUCACAAAAACUGAGGUGCCUUACCAGACAUUUGUGCAAGAUACUUGAGGAUGGUGAUUCCAAAAUAACCUUACUGUAACUUGCUAUUAAAGAUAAAAAUGACUUUUGGAAAUAUAUAUAUAUUAUAAAGAACAUGUCUGACCUUUAGAUGGUGGAAUGUUUACCACUAGACACUUGGUGCUGUUUAUAGCUUCCUUUGUUAAUAGACACGAUUACUGUGUAUGCCAUAAUAAUGGAGUCUUUGUGAUGGUAAAGAGAAGAGCUAGGGUGAUACUGAAAGUACAUAAAUGUAUGCAUUCAACAGGUGAAGGGGAAAUUGUGGAUAGCAUUUCUUUCUUUUUUAAAAUCAUGUUUUAUUAAUAUGCUUUUGUGAUGUUCAAGUAAUAUGUAAAGAAUAUUACUGAUUGUCAACCUCAGAGAUUUUUUCUUUUUUAUUAAAGAAAUUCUCACUU